CCAAAGCGUACACGUGUACUUCCUAUUAGGUAUUAAUUUCAGUUCAAAAGAAGACUUUAUGCAUUAACACCUAUUGAUCGUUGAUAAAUUUUGCGUCUUGAGUACUGUUACUUUUGAUGCACACGUAAACAGGUUAAUGUUAUUUGUGGUCGCUAUCGCCUUACCUUGAAUCUAGAGGAUAAGGUGAAAUGUAUACAGACUUGACCCAGAACGGGUGAGAGUGCAUUGUUCAUCGCGAGCUGUCGGUGAGACAUAUAUUUUCGGUAAUAUUCCCGAUCAGCAUUGCAGAGCAUAUUUUGAAAAACGCUAGCAUUUCUGAGAUUCGUCCUCGUUCGCGUCACACAACAUGAAGGGAGCAUUGAAGACGAGAAGUGAGGAACGACCACAAGAUGUCCAAAAUGAAAAACAAAAUUUCAGUACCGUUUUUUUGUUGGUUCAGCUAGUCGUGGUGCUAGCUGCCAUUGGAGGGUACAUGCUGUAUGCUAAGCGGGGGCACACUGACCUACAAUGGUGGAAGACGUCGGUGAUCUACCAGAUAUACCCUCGGUCAUUCAAAGAUUCAGAUGGGGAUGGAAUCGGAGACUUAAGGGGAAUCAUCUCGAAACUAGACUACUUCCAGUAUCUGAACAUCAAGGCGAUAUGGCUCAGUCCAUUUUACACGUCUCCCAUGAAGGACUUCGGAUACGACAUCUCCAACCACACCGACGUCGACCCCAUCUUCGGCACACUGAAGGACUUUGACGAUUUAGUCAAAGAAAGUCACAGCAGGGAUAUCAAAGUGAUUAUCGACUUUGUCCCCAACCACAUGAGCGACCAGCAUCCCUGGUUCCAGGAGAGUCUGAAGGGGACGGGGAAGUACAGGGACUACUUCCUGUGGAGUGACGGCAAGUCAUCAUUUGGAAUGAGGAAACCGCCGAACAACUGGCUGGGCGUGUUUAGUGGGGAGUGCUGGCGAUGGAACGAACAGCGAAAGCAGUAUUACUACCACGCAUUUGUGAAGGAACAGCCUGACCUAAAUUACAGGAACCCAGAUGUAGUAAAAGACAUGAACGACGUGCUGAGGUUCUGGAUGGAGAGGGGAGUGGAUGGUAUCCGGGUGGACGCCAUCAUGAAACUGUUCGAGUCGGAGAACAUCUUCCAGGACGAGCCCAGGAGCAACCGACCUGAUGUACCCGCCUUCCAGUACGAGUAUCUGACGCACAUUCACACUGAGAACCUUCCAGAGAUCGGGGACGUUGUGAGAGGAUGGAAGAAGGUCAUGGACGAAUAUGAGGCCAAGGACGGUCAGUCAAGAUUUAUCGUGGUGGAGUUGUAUGAUCCCCCGGCCAUUAGGAACAAGUACUAUGACUAUGGCGCUAUGCCCUUCAACUUUGACCUUGUAGAGGGUCUCAAGGCCGACUGUGGGGGUAACUGCUUUAUGGAGGCCAUCAGUAAUGAAUAUGACAAUCUGCCUGCCGGGGAAUGGCCCAAGUUUGUGCUGGGUAACCACGACCGUAAGCGGGUGUCCAAACGCUUCGGCGUCGAGUCCGUGAACGUCAUGAACAUGCUGUUACUGACGUUGAAGGGGACGCCCACCACCUACUACGGCGAGGAACUGGGCAUGGAGGAGAUUGAGGUCAGCUUUGAGGAGACACAGGACCCCUGGGGCAUCAACUUUGGAAAGGAGCGUUACACUGAGUUUUCCCGGGACCCCUGCCGCUCUCCCCUCCAGUGGGACGCAUCCAGUCAGUCGGGUUUCACCUCCUCCUCCAAGCCAUGGCUUCCCGUCAAUCCGGGUUACAAGACGUGCAACGUGCAGGUACAAAAGAAAAAGAAAGAUUCCUCUUUGAAUAUUUACAAAUCUUUAGCAACGUUGCGAGAGGCCCCUGCCUUUCAAGAUCCAGAUGUUCAAUUUGCGGUUGUCAACGAUAAUAUACUAUCCUAUGUGCGAGGUACCGCCAACACUGGCCGAUAUCUCGUUACAAUGAAUCUCGGACACGAUUCGUCGACAGCCGAUUACACCAACGAACCCGCCAAUGCCAAAAGCGGCCGUGUUGUUAUAAACACUGAGAACUUUAAUGAAGCGAAAUUUAACGUUGGGAAAAGUGUGUCCUUAUCAAGUUUAACUUUGAAACCUGGACAAGGUUUAGUUCUUAAGUUAUAAGACAUAUAUUAUUAAGUUGUAGUUUUCGAUUUCAAACUGGGCCCUGUUCUGCACAGAUAUAUGAAUCUGUUCAAAUAUGGGUCUUCUCAACUUACCUUAAUAUCUGUCAAACCAACUAAUACCAACCAUCAUCUAGGCAGGGAACGCUAUUUCAUUAUACCUAAGAGUGAGUGAUCAAUCACCAGAUUGUGUGGUCCAGAAUUGAUUAAUGACCGCCGUUAUGUAGCUGGAACAUGACUGGAUGCGGUGUUAAACAAAUAUAUUUUAACAAUUUAAUUGUAAGUAUUUUGUAUUAGUUUUUCAUGUUGAAAAUAAAAUGUUUAUUAAUGCA